AUGGAGUCUAAUGACCAGAAUGACGUGCAUCUCUUGUUGUUCCAUGGUUAUGCUGAGAAACCAGCUUAUGCCUUUUAUGACAGAGAUAGUGAGGAAAAGACACUGGAGCUUUACUCUUUGCAUUAUGAUAACCCUGCUUUUGAUGAGCACUGCGAGGUUGAAGUUCCAACUGUUCAGUUGGCGAAUGUGUGUUCCCGUGUUGUUGCCACUUGUAAUGGGCUGGUGUGCCUUGCGGAUGAUAUAAUGCAAUAUGUCAACACCCACAUAUUAGCAAAUCCAUCUAUAAGAAAGUUUGUAACCCUUCCCGAGCCUGAUGUUACAUAUUCGACACAUGGUGGGUAUGACACUUCUGUUGGGUUUGCUUUUGAUGCUAUGACCAGUGAUUAUAAGGUUGUGAGGCUUGUUACUCUUUGGGAUGAAGAUGAACAUCCACAGGAUCUCACUUGUCGAACUGUAGCUGAGGUUUUUUCACUAGCCACUGGCUCUUGGAGCAUGCUACCUGAUGUCACUCCUCGGUUUGAAAUGUAUCCACGCACUUCCCAGGCUUUUGUUAAUGGGGCUCUUCACUGGCAUGCAAAGCGUAGGAAAGAACAUGAUCUUUACUAUUUCAUUUUGAUAUUUGAUGUGGGCAGGGGUUUAUUUUAUGAGACCAUGAUGCCAGAGAGUUUGAAAUGCGAUGCACCAGUAUCAUUACAAUUGUCUGUUUCUGGAGAUGGGAAGUCCAUUACUCUGUUCAACCUGUAUUCUAGUUAUUUUGGUGAAGGUCCUUUUUGUGAUAUCUGGGCUUCUGUGCCUUCUUUUUUGGGUGCUUCUGUCCCAACUGCUUAA